AUGCAUUUUAUUGCCCUGAAGUCAAAAGCAGCCAUCAGCUUGCAUUUAAAUCAAAACGGAAUUCCCGAGUUUAUAAUAGAAAGCAACAAAAUUCAAUGGACGAAAACCACAUUUGUCUUUGAACAUAGCCCCCAGUGUUUAAUCAAUGCCUGUAAAACCUCAGCUGGGGAAGGUUGUGCUUCAAUUAUCCAAUAUCAAGGGUUCCAAGCUCUAAAUGUUCACAGUAAACAGUAUCGCCACGGUUAUCGUGGAAAACUAAGAGGGUCUGUUGUAUCAAGACGCAAAUCAUGUAAUUCGCACCACCCCAAUCAUCUGGAAGGGGAGAAAACCUACGAUGCUCUGUCACUGGCCUUAGAAGAAAUUGCAUUUAGCCAAUUUAUUUUCAAUUUCACCGCGGGCUUUUUAAACGUCCAAAUAAUCGUUUUUGAAUUUGAACAUUCACCAUUAACAAAAUUUAGUAACGAAUCCUAA